CGGGUCCUCCCAGGAAGUUUGAAAAAAAAAAAAGUUUUAUGGGCGGAUGGAAGGGGCCGGAGCAGCUCCCGGGAAGGGAAGGGCUGGAGCUGAAGCGGCCGGCGGCCGAGAGGGGCGGCGGGCUGGGUGCGCCGCGGAGCCCGGCCCGAGAGUCCCGAGCAGCGUCCCGGGGCGCCGCCAUGACGCCCGACCUGCUCAACUUCAAGAAGGGAUGGAUGUCGAUCUUGGAUGAGCCUGGAGAGUGGAAAAAGCAUUGGUUUGUGCUGACGGAUUCAAGCCUCAAAUAUUACAGGGACUCCACCGCCGAGGAGGCGGAUGAACUGGAUGGUGAGAUCGACCUGCGCUCCUGCACAGACGUCACAGAGUACGCGGUACAGCGCAACUAUGGCUUCCAGAUCCAUACCAAAGACGCCAUUUAUACCUUGUCGGCCAUGACCUCGGGCAUCCGGAGGAACUGGAUUGAGGCUCUCAGGAAGACUGUGCGUCCAACUUCAGCCCCAGAUGUCACCAAGCUCUCAGAUUGCAAUAAGGAAAACACGCUGCGUGGCUAUGGCACCCAGAAGGGCUCCCUGAAGAUAGGCGAGCAGCGGACAGGCUCUGAAGUUAUCGGCCGCGGUGGCCCUCGCAAAGUGGAGGGACCACGACAGUCGCUGGACUACGUGGAGCUCUCUCCAUUAACGCCAAGCUCCCCACAGCGUGUGCGCACUCUGUCCCGCUCUACUCCUGAGCGCCCAACCAAACAUGAGGAUCUGGAGCGGGACCUGGCUCAACGUUCUGAGGAAAGACGCAAGUGGUUUGAGUCCACUGACAGCAGGACCCCAGAGACGCCCAGUGGCGAUGGGCCUCGGAGGGGCCUGGGAGCCCCCCUGACUGAUGACCAGCAGAGCCGCCUCAGUGAAGAGAUUGAAAAGAAGUGGCAGGAAUUGGAAAAGCUGCCCCUGAGGGAGAACAAGAGAGUGCCACUCACUGCCCUGCUCAACCAAGGACACAGCGAGCGACGGGGGUCCCCAAGUGACAGCCAUGAAGCCCUGGAAAAGGAGGUCCAGUCUCUCCGUGCCCAGCUGGAGGCAUGGCGUCUCCGAGGAGAAGCGCCUCAGAGUGCCCCCAGACCCCAGGACGACAGCCAUGUCCCUCCAGGCUACAUCUCACAGGAAGCCUGUGAGCGCAGCCUGGCAGAGAUGGAGUCCUCACACCAGCAGGUGAUGGAGCAGCUGCAGCGGCACCAUGAGAGAGAGCUACAGCGGCUGCAGCAAGAGAAGGAAUGGCUACUAGCCGAGGAGACGGCGGCUACAGCCUCAGCCAUUGAAGCCAUGAAGAAGGCAUAUCAAGAAGAGCUGAGUCGGGAGCUGAGCAAAACACAGAGUCUCCAGCAGGGUCCAGAUGGCCUUCGGAAGCAACACCAGUUGGACAUGGAGGCACUGAAGCAGGAGCUUCAGGUGCUGUCUGAGAGGUACUCCCAGAAGUGCCUAGAGAUCGGGGCCCUGACACAGCAGGCGGAGGAGCGAGAGCACACCCUGAGGCGCUGCCAGCAAGAGGGCCAGGAGCUGCUGCGCCACAACCAGGAACUACACGCCCACCUGUCAGAGGAAAUCGAUCGUCUGCGCAGCUUCAUCGCCUCACAGGGCACGGGCAACAGCUGUGGGCGCAGCAAUGCGAGGAGCUCCUGUGAGCUGGAGGUGCUACUGCGAGUCAAGGAGAAUGAACUCCAGUACCUGAAAAAGGAGGUGCAGUGCCUCCGGGAUGAGCUCCAGGUGAUGCACAAGGACAAGCGCUUCACAGGGAAGUACCAGGAUGUGUAUGUGGAGCUGAACCACAUCAAGACACGCUCGGAGCGCGAGAUCGAGCAGCUGAAGGAGCACCUGCGCCUGGCCAUGGCUGCCCUGCAGGAGAAGGAGGCUGUGAGAAACAGCUUGGCUGAGUAGAGGUCCCUGUGGUUCAGCUCAGCUGAGAACCUUCCGGCCCCAGGGGACCAGCCACCCUCCUCCUCUACAGAAGUCAGAAGCCAAGCUUUCUCCCCACCCUGAGUCACAUGUGCACACACCUGCCACACACACACACAUGCACACACACGUGCAUGCACACACACGUGCA